AUGUUCACAGAUUUGGCAGUACAGCCUCAUAAAAACAGUAGCGCAUUAUAAUUUAGUUCGACAACUUAUUAGAAACAUGAGUACGAAGAAGAUUGCCGUCUGUCAGAUGACCUCCGUAGGGGAUAAGGCAGCUAAUAUGGAAAUUGUCAGCAAUUUGAUCAGUCAAGCGGUGAAGGAAGAUGUUCAGAUGAUAUUCUUCCCUGAAGCCUGUGAUUAUCUCUGUGAUAACAAGAAUGAUACUUUGAACUUCGCUGAACCGAUCAUAGGUGGCGCCACUGUUGGAAAAUACAAAGAGCUAGCGGUGAAACAUAAUGUCUGGUUGUCUAUGGGUGGGAUUCAUGAAAAGGAUGAAGCGGUACCCUCAAAAGUUUGCAACACUCACAUAAUAAUAGAUAAUAAAGGGACCGUGGUGCAGACAUACAGAAAACUGCACUUGUUCGAUGUAGAGAUUCCUGAACGCAAUGUUAGAUUAAAAGAGAGCGAUUUCUGUGAACCAGGUAACCAUAUUGUGGCGCCGGUCGAUACGCCAAUAGGAAAACUAGGCUUAGGUAUAUGUUACGACAUGAGGUUCCCUGAACUCAGUACGUCAUUGAGUAUAAUGAAAGCUGAAAUAUUAACGUUUCCUUCAGCGUUUACUCAGCACACUGGGGCGGCACAUUGGCAUGUUUUAUUGAGAGCAAGAGCGAUAGAAAAUCAAUGCUAUGUUAUAGCAGCAGCCCAAACUGGGGCUCAUAAUGCAAAACGAAAGUCCUACGGUCAUGCAAUCUGUAUAGACCCAUGGGGCGAAGUCCUAGCUGACUGCGGGACCGAAUCCCCGACGUUUAAAGUGGUUGAGAUCAACCAGGAUAAGUUGCAAGAGGUUAGAAGGAAUAUGCCAGUGUUCCAGCAUAGGAGACCAAAAGUAUACUCCCUAUACUCGUUAAGUCUCCGUAAGGACCUCCUCCCCUCCCACUGCCCAGCCCCUCCCCCCUCGACGUCUUCAUCACCACAAAUUGCAGCACUACCUGACGAACCAUGUUAUGACUUCGGACAUGUUAAAGUGCCGGAAAGCUGUGUUUUCUUUAAAUCUAAGCUGACUUAUGCUUUUGUUAAUUUGAGAUGUGUGCUCCCCGGCCAUGUCUUAGUGGCUCCAAUCAGAAUGGCUGAGAGGAACUGCGAUAUGACGGAGGAGGAGGCACAGGACUUCUACAAGACUAUUAGAAUUGUACAACGGUUAAUGGAAAAAGUGCAUGAGGCGGACUCGUGCACGGUGACCAUACAAGAUGGAAUGAAUGCCGGACAAACUGUCAAGCAUCUCCACUGCCAUAUAAUGCCGCGGAAGAAAGGAGACUUCAUAGAGAACGAUUUAAUCUACUUGGAACUAGCUAAACAUGAUCAGUUCAAAGCCGGCCAUCCAUCAAAACCACCAAGGACGAGAGAAGAAAUGACAUCAGAAGCCUCAUUUUUAAGAGAAGAAUUUAAAAAAAUGUAUUCACAAGAGAGUUUAAGCAGAUAA